AUGGUUUACGUACGACAGGAAAAGCUGCCUAACCUCAAGGAAUACAAAUAUUCAGGCAUCGACCACUCCCUACUCUCGAGAUAUGUCCUCAAACCUUUCUAUACCAACUUCGUGAUCGAAUGCUUUCCUAUGUGGAUGGCACCGAAUCUCAUCACGCUUUCCGGGUUCAGCUUCAUUAUUCUCAACAUCUUGACCUUGUUGUGGUACACGCCUACCUUGGAUCAGGACUGCCCGCGAUGGGUUUACUUUAGUUGGGCAAUUGGGUUGUUCUUGUACCAGACCUUUGAUGCGGUCGAUGGGUCUCAAGCACGAAGAACUCAUCAGAGCGGGCCUCUGGGAGAGCUGUUCGAUCAUGGAGUUGAUGCGCUCAAUACCUCGCUCGAGGUCCUUGUUUUCGCAGCCUCGCAGAAUUUUGGCAUGGGAUGGAAAACUGUUCUUACGCUCUUUGGGUCGCUCCUGACAUUCUAUGUCCAAACAUGGGACGAAUACCACACCAAGACCCUCACUCUCGGCAUAGUAUCUGGACCAGUCGAAGGAAUUGUCAUACUCACACUGGUAUAUGCGUUUACGGGUGUCAUGGGUGGUGGUAGUUUUUGGCAACAGUCAAUGCUCCGAACAGUGGGCAUUCCCCAGUUCGCAUUCAUCCCAGAUCUCAUCUACGAUAUGCCAUUUACCGAAUGGUGGAUGGUCCAAGGUGGAGCUGUAUUGGUUUUGAACACUGUGCAAUCUUCGCUCAAUGUCAUCAAAGCCCGUAGAGCGCGUGGAGACAAGUCUCGUGGCGCCUUGCUAGGUCUUGUGCCUUUCUUCACAACCUGGACUCUGAUCCCAGCAUACCUAUACCUUAACCCAGAUAUUCUACACAACCAUCUCGUCCCAUUCGUUGUCUUCGCCGGAUUGGUCAAUGCGUACUCCGUUGGUCAAAUGAUCACCGCCCAUCUUGUCAAGCUUGACUUCCCUUACUACAAUAUCUUGGUGGUACCACUUGCAUAUGGCGUUUUUGACUCUUUAGGUCCAUUCUUACAAAGCCAUAUCGGCAUUGGAUGGCCAAGUGCACUGGGAGACGGCGGUUACCAAGUGGCAUACAUGUUCUCAAUGUUGGGUAUGGCAAUUGGUGUUUACGGGAGUUUCGUGGUUGAUGUCAUUGUUACGAUUUGUGAUUAUCUCGAUAUUUGGUGUUUGACCAUUAAGCACCCGUGGAACGAGGAGGAAGAGGCUAAGAAGGCCAAAUAA